AUGGUUCCGAGGAAAGGCUUCGGCCAGAUAUGGGAAGGGAAGGUUAGACUGGUCAACGGGGUCCACUGCAUAGGGAAGGCAGAAAGCAAAGAAAAACAUGAUAAAAAGCAUAAAAAGACGGAAAAAGUUAGAGAAAGGCAUGGCCACGAUGCCGCCACCCACACGAGAUCUGAGAAGUAG